AUGACCUCGGCAACUUCCACCGCCUCUUUGCCCAGUGGCCUGGCUGUCCUGACAACUUUCCCAGAUGUGCUCUUCAUUCCUGAAAUUAUAUUUGGGGGCCUUGUCUGGAUCCUGGUGGCAUCCUCGAAGGUCUCGUCAUCCAUCCUGCAAGGCUGGGUGAUGUUUGUCUCUGUGUUCUGCUUCAUCAUGUCCACCACCCUCCUGUGCCUCUAUAUCUGUGGGGCGCAUGGGGGCAGCAGCUCCUGGGUCACCUUGGAUGUCAUCUGCCAGGAGACAGCAGCUCUGUUCUACCUCAGUGCUGCCGUGUUGGAAGCCUACUUCACCUACAGCAUCAGCUUGUCUAGUGAUGCUCUGAUCAUCUACCAGGAGAACAUUGCUGCUGUGGUUUUUGCGUUCUUAGCUACCCUGAUGUACGUGAUCCAUAAGGUGUACUCACUCCUGCGAUGGAAAUCAUCCUAA